GGGCAGGGGGGCGGGGCGGCAGAGCUCGGCGGCUGGGCCUGGAGGACAGCGGCGGCGGAGGCGACAACAGUGACGGGAACGGCGCCGAGAGGCCGUGCGGGACCCGGGCGCCAGGAAGCGGAGAGAGCAGAGGUUGACUCUUCAUCACACUGAAACUAUAAUUAGGAAAAAUCCUUGUGGUUAACAGCAGAGGCUUCAGAGUGUAACCUGUAGUCGGGCCUAGAAAUAAUUAUAAAUGGCGACUGAUACGUCUCAAGGUGAACUCAUCCAUCCUAAGGCACUCCCACUUAUAGUAGGAGCUCAGCUGAUCCACUCGGACAAGUUAGGUGAGAAAGUAGAAGAUAGCAGCAUGCCGAUUCGUCGAGCUGUGAAUUCUACCCGGGAAACUCCUCCCAAAAGCAAGCUUGCUGAAGGGGAAGCAGAAAAGCCAGAACCAGACAUAAGUUCAGAGGAAUCUGUCUCUACUGUAGAAGAACAAGAGAAUGAAACCCCACCUGCUACAUCUAGUGAGGCAGAGCAGCCAAAGGGAGAACCUGAGAAUGAAGAGAAGGAAGAAAGCAAACCUUCUGAGGAAACCAAAAAGGAUGAGAAAGAUCAGUCUAAAGAAAAGGAGAAGAAAGUGAAAAAAACAAUACCUUCCUGGGCUACCCUUUCUGCCAGCCAGCUAGCCAGAGCCCAGAAACAAACACCGAUGGCUUCUUCCCCACGUCCCAAGAUGGAUGCAAUCCUAACUGAGGCCAUUAAGGCAUGCUUCCAGAAGAGUGGUGCAUCAGUAGUUGCUAUUCGAAAAUACAUCAUACAUAAGUAUCCUUCUCUGGAGUUGGAGAGAAGGGGCUAUCUCCUUAAACAAGCAUUGAAAAGAGAAUUAAACAGAGGAGUCAUCAAACAGGUAAAAGGAAAAGGUGCUUCUGGAAGUUUUGUUGUGGUUCAGAAAACAAGAAAAACACCUCAGAAAUCCAGAAACAGAAAGAAGAGGAGCUCUGCAGUGGAUCCAGAACCGCAAGUAAAAUUGGAGGAUGUGCUCCCACUGGCUUUUACUCGCCUUUGUGAACCUAAAGAAGCUUCUUACAGUCUCAUCAGGAAAUACGUGUCUCAGUAUUAUCCUAAGCUUAGGGUGGACAUCAGGCCUCAGCUGUUGAAGAACGCUCUGCAGAGAGCAGUAGAGAGAGGCCAGUUAGAACAGAUAACUGGCAAAGGUGCUUCGGGGACAUUCCAGCUGAAGAAAUCAGGGGAGAAACCCCUGCUUGGUGGAAGCCUGAUGGAAUAUGCAAUCUUGUCUGCCAUUGCUGCCAUGAAUGAGCCGAAGACCUGCUCUACCACUGCUCUGAAGAAAUAUGUCCUGGAGAACCACCCAGGGACCAAUUCCAACUAUCAAAUGCAUUUGCUGAAGAAAACCCUGCAGAAGUGUGAAAAGAACGGGUGGAUGGAACAGAUCUCUGGGAAAGGGUUCAGUGGCACCUUCCAGCUCUGUUUUCCCUAUUACCCCAGCCCAGGAGUUCUGUUUCCAAAGAAAGAGCCAGAUGAUUCUAAAGAUGAGGAUGAAGAUGAAGAUGAGUCAUCAGAAGAAGAUUCUGAGGAUGACGAGCCACCACCUAAGAGAAGGUUACUGAAGAAAACCCCAGCCAAGUCCCCAGGGAAGGCUGCGUCUAUGAAGCAGAGAGGUUCCAAGCCUGCACCUAAAAUCCCAGCUGCCCAGAGGGGAAAAGCUAGGCCCCUGCCCAAGAAAGCCCCUCCUAAGGCCAAAACUCCUGCCAAGAAAGCCAGACCCUCACCCUCAGUCAUCAAGAAACCAGGUGGUGGCUCUUCAAAGAAGUCUACAGCCAGUGUGAGAAAGGAAGUGAAAUUGCCUGGCAAGGGCAAAUCUACCAUGAAGAAGACUUUCAAAGCGAAAAAGUAAAUUUUAUAGGAAAAAAGGGUAUCAUGAUGAAAUUAAAAAUAUUAUUUUCUAAGGUCAGUGUGCAUUUGUUUUAGUUUUCAUGCUUUUAAAAUUACUUUGUUUACCUCCCUUAUGAACAUUGUGUGGAGGGAAUAUGAAUAAACCAGUUUAGGCAUUUCUUAGUUUUAGGUGCUGUUCUUGGUGCCUGCCCCUUCCCUCAGUCAUUUUAAUUUCUUCAAUAAUCCUGGACUUUCCUAAAGUGUGUAAUCCAUACUUGUAUUUUGUUCUCCCUACCCAAAACCCCAGUUGUUUUUAUGCUUUGACUUAUGUUUUUCUUCCAGUUUUAUCUAAACAUUUUGCAAAGAUUUUUAUAUUUGUGGAAAGCAUCAAGAACAGGAUGCUGGUCAGGGGCUAGAAGUAAAAGGAGGCAGGAUAGCACUGACUGAAUUGACGCCUCUUGCCUGGAGACUUCAGUGAUAGCUGUAAUAAUCUUAUUUAUAAAAACUGCUCCACUAACCCUUUCUCUCCAACUAUAAACACAGAGACAGCUUUGGGAAUAAGCCAAAACAGUAUGAUCUUCAUUAGAUUUUGAAGACACAUGACUCCUUUCAGCCACCUUUCACAUAGAUUAAUUUCCAGGUAUUUUUCACCAGCCUAGAGCAUUGCAUUCCCUGAACAGCAAGCACAAAUUCUAUAUACCACUUGGUUUUUGAGUGAAGAGAAAGUAUAGGAAUAUAUUGAUUGAGUCUGUGAUUUCUGGUCUUAACCUGUGUUACCAAAAAUCAAAACAAAUCUUGAUGAAAUGUUUAAAUUUUGUUUGUUUGUUUUUAAUAUUUGGAGCAUGAGUUGUCACUUCCUGUUUGCCUUUUUCAUAAGAAAAUGUUGGAGAGUUACAUCAUUGCUAAUGUAGAAAUGUUAAGUGGAAAAACAUGCAAUUUGCUAAAAUAAACUAGAUUCCAGAUUCAUCUGAGUUUUUUUCCCCUCCUUUCUUUCCAUAGCACUUUUUGAUAUCAAGCAAGUGGCUUCCUUUUUGAGAUACUAAAAAAAGGAAAAAAAGUAAAUGAAGCCCUACUACCUAACCCUUUCUUAUUUGUAUUGGUUUUAGUAUUGUGAAGUUGUGUUAAAUAGUACUAGCUUUCUACUUGAAAAAUACCAAUUUCUGGUUAUUUCUUUUCCCUGUGGCACUUGACAUUGUAAUUGUCUUAAACUUUCUGGAGUACAUCUUCUGGCCCCUUGAGUGCUGCCAGAGGCAAAAAAUGUUUCUUUUUCAUUCCACUUGCAUUGUUUCCUGGGAUCCCUUCUGUCGCCUGAAGUAUGGCUGAGAAAUGGACUUGAGAAAAGAUUGGCUUGAAUUAGAUCAUAAUCAUGUGUGAUCCCAUCAUGAGUUCAUUGGAAUUUGUGUUGCAUGUAAGGCAAUCUUUCCUGUUGUAAAUCUUCCUUUUUUUAUGUACAUAUAUUUUGAAAAAUAUGAAUAAACAUGAAAUUUUAAAAGCUG